CCGCAUAGAGGCAGAUGGAGGCAGGGUUACUACGGUUUAAAACAGGUCCCGAAGUUCAUGGCAAUAUGUACCCUUCAGAAUCCUGAUACCCUUCAAGCUUCAGUACUACGUGACCGAACGGCCCAAGUACCAUGUCUGCGACGUACUACUCGUUCAACCACCUCAUAGCCGAACGUACUCGCGAAUACCCAAACCUUGAGGUCUUGGGAAUAACGGAUAAGGACUUCAAUUACAUCAAGUAUACUUUGGCUGAGCUUGAUGUCUCAGCGUCCUUAAUCGCUCACCAUUUACGGGAUAAUGGACUGCUGAAUGGACGAUCCAAAGGGGAUGCCACCAGUAGGAUGACUGUUGGACUCCUAGGCGUCAGCAACAUCAGUUAUGUAGUCACUGAGAUGGCGCUUUAUCGGUUAGGCUAUUGCGUACUCUUCUUGUCGCCGAAUAACACCCCUUCCGCGACUGCUCACCUGUUGACUGUGACAAAUGCAACCCACGUGAUAGUGCAAGACGUGCUAUUACCUUCCGCAACAGCUGCUCUCACCCAUCUCAGUGACCCCAGUUCCGUGACGAUAGUCAACCAGCCUUCAUCUGAAGUCUUCGGGUUAGCUGCUCGCUCUUUGUACCCAGAGAAGACGCGAUGGGACCCUAUAUUGAACUGGGAAGACGAGUUUCUUCUGCCAGUCACGAUCGUUCACUCGAGCGGGUCCACUGGUCUCCCAAAGACGAUCGUUUCAACCAACAAAGUAGCUGUCGGUAACUGCGUCGUGAAUUUCGGUUACACGAGUAUGACGACCUUGCCUGUGUUUCAUGGACACGGCCACUCCAAUCUUUACCGUGCAAUGUAUGCUGCGAAACCACUGUACAUCUUCCCAACUGGAUUAUUAUCCCUGACGUCCGCCAACGUUAUCAAGCUCCUCAAGCAAGCUCCGGACGUGGAGGCUCUGUUUUGCGUUCCUCUUGCAUUGAAACUCUUGGCCGAGACCCCUGAAGGUCUGCAGGUCCUCAAGAGCCUCAAGGUUGUCGUGUAUGGUGGUAGUGCAUGUCCUGACGAGCUCGGCGACUUCCUUGUCAACGAGGGUGUGCGCCUGGUUGGCCGUUAUGGUCUUACUGAAAUGGGUCAACUCAUGUCGUCUUUCCGGGACUUCGAGACUGACAAGGAUUGGAACUGGUCGCGUGCUAAAGGGCCGUAUGUGACAACGAACGUGAACGACUACCUGCGAUUCGAACCUAGGGGCGGGGAUACCUAUGAAUUGUUCGUUUUAGAUGGCUGGCCCACAAAGAUUAUGACUAACCAACCCGAUGGGUCGUACGCUACGAAAGACCUAUUUAUCAAGCAUCCCACCAUCCCUGACGCAUACAAGUUCAUCGGGCGAAUCGACGAUACCCUGAUCAUGGCCAACGGUCAGACGAACCCUGUUCCGAUAGAGCUCACACUUCGCUCGUCGCCCUAUAUUGCAGAUGCCGUUAUCUUCGGUGCUGGUCGCACUCAAAUUGGAGCUCUGAUUCUUCCAACUGAAAUCGGAAAAGACUGUUCUCCUUCGGAGCUCGUAAAGCUUGUAGCGCCUAUCGUCGCUCUUGUUAAUGCCGAAGCUCCCUCACAUUCACAGCUUGCGAUGGAAGCCCUUGUGUUUCUCCCUUACGGCACAGUGAUUCCUCGUGCUGAUAAGGGCAGCAUUUUGAGACCACGGGUGUACAAGGAGUUCGAGGGCGUCAUCAAUGAGGUCUACAGAAGACUAGAUGGUGACAGUGACAGGGAUGGGAAAGAGACGACGGACCGAUGAGGUGGAGGCUAAGACAGCAUGAGAGAGAUAAUCGGCAAGACGGGAUCUGCAAGCAAAUGGAGAUAUCGGACGUCUAGACUCAUAGACAAGUAUAGUCCCGGUGACAAGAUAG